UUCUGUUCACAUGUGCUUUAAGCAAUACUGACAUUUCUAUACUUCUUUUAUAGUUAAUAUUGCAGAUAUAUGGACUCUUUUGCUGCUGGAUUCAUCUCAAAUGGGUCAGAGUCGAGAUGCCUCAGCUGCUAGCUUCAACAGAACGCCAGGAAACCCUAUACGAGCUCAUGUUUCCGUAUUGCGUUGGAGCAAGGGCACGUAGGGCCGCAGCGACAACCAAUAAUGUUUCGCCCAAUUCCGCAAUCGAUCCAUCGUCGUCAAUAUCACCUAAUGGAGCCAGCACGGCUACUGCACCAGUCGCUAUUGAUCUUGAAAGGGCAUCCACAAAUCCAGCAUCCAGUGAUAGUCGGCCCCCAAUAUUAGCAAACAACGAUACGGUCCAGUCCUCUACUAGCAGUGAUAGCGAGAUUCAAGUUGCUAUACAGCGGUGAUGCCUCCAAAUGAUCGCUAGUCGCUUCAUUGCAAAGAUCAAUAAAAUCGAUACCUUGUACAGC